AUGUCAUCAUCAUCAGUUUCUUAUGAUAGUACAUCUUUCUAUGUACAAGCACUUGCUACAAGCUUUGCUAAAAGGUUGUCCGAUGAACCAGACAAUUCGUUAUUUUUAAAUAUUGCUCCAGUUGGUAGACAAGCCAAAAGAAACGCCCAACAGAUAAAUUAUUCAGAAGAUUAUGUGGAUGACUUUGAUUUUGAAGAUUCUCCUUCUUCAAGUUUUGCAAAGACUUCGACUUCUAUCUCGCAACAACAAACCAAUUUGCAGAGAUUAACUCCAGCUAGAAAUACUCCUAAUAUAGCAAAUUUGGACGAUGAACAAAAAUUAUCCGAAUUAGUGAACAAACCUGAAGUUCUUGUACCUAUAAAGUUGCUAUUAGAAAAUGGUACCUCGACUCAUAAGAUUGUUGAUUCUUUUAUGUGGAAUCUUAAUGAGCUGUUGAUAACGCCAUCAGAUUUUGCUGCAAUUAUCUGUAAUGAUCUAGAAUUGUCAGGAUCUAUGCAGCUGCAGAUUACGGAAUCAAUAAUCCAACAAAUUGAAGAUUACGCCUUUGCUUCAAACUUACAAAUUCCAUCAGAUACGCCUUGUGUCGUUAUUAUUGACUUAUCUGUCAAUUUAAAUAAACAGUUAUACCAAGAUAAAUUCGAAUGGGACUUAAACCAAACUGAAGUAACACCAGAAGAUUUUGCUCAAAUAGUAGUAGAUGAUUUAGGUUUACCAUUGGAAUUCAAAGCUGCAAUUUCACAUUCAUUACAUGAAAUUAUUAUCAGAGUAAAAAAGGAGAUAAGUGACGGUACAUAUAAUAGUGAAUUCCAAAACUUGCAUCUAGUCAGAGGUUUAAUUUUUGAAAGUGGAAUUAGAAUCUUCACCGAAAACAGUAUUCAAAAUGGUACAGACCAUUGGGAACCAAUAGUAGAAGUAUUAACUCCCGCUGAAAUCGAAAAGAGAGAAAAUGAAAGAAUUAGAAAUUUGAGAAGAUUAAAAAGAGAAAAUAUGAAGAGAGACUAUGAUGAUUUUGGAAGUAAAAGACGCCAGGUUGUAGGAAGGAGGAAAUUCGAUGAAUUAGAAGGGACUUGGAGAAGUUUUUAG